AUGGCGACAAUGUUCAGAUACCCCGUCUUUCCGCAUCUGCAGGAUUCGCGUGACCCUGGUCUGUCACUGUCACCAGGGAGGAGUGUCAUGGCCGAGCCAGAUUACAUUGAGGGAGACUGCAAUGAGCUCAUCAAACCCAAGAAGUUGAUCAACCCCGUGAAGAACUCUCGCAACCACCAGGACCUGCACCGGGAGCUGCUCAUGAACCAAAAGAGGGGCCUAGCUCCUCAGAACAAACCAGAACUCCAGAAGGUUCUGGAAAAGAGGAAGCGGGAGCAAGUCCUCAAAGCUCAGAAGGAGGAGCAGGAGGCGCAUAAGAAAAGGAGUGACUUGGAAAUCGAGCUCAUGAAAAGACAACAGAAACUGGAGCAGCUGGAGUUGGAGCAACAGAAGAACGAGGAGGAGCAGGAGAACACUCCCGAAUUUGUGAAAAUGAAGAGCAACCUGCGCCGAACCAAGCAGGAGACGAACGACGAGGAGAGAACGACCUAG